AAAUAAUUUGAGGCAUGAAUGAAGUUAAAAAGUCGAAUAACAAGAAGACUGGUUUUGUAGUAGAUUGCUCAGAUUAUGUUAUUUUCACCGCUAGCUCAAUUCUUUAUAUCCUGAAUGUUAUUUCCAACUGUUAUGUUAGUUACUGUAUGUACAAUGAGGGACAGAUGGAAUGGUUUGCCACCUCAAUAUCCCUGCUAGUUAUAUUCUCCCUUUUUACUCAAACAUUUUCCCACAUAUUUUUCACCUACAACAAUAUCGCUGAUAAAGCUUGCUCCAUUUACCUGCAACACAUCAACUCCAAAUCUGAUGAAGACGUGUCUGACCCAGUAACAAAGAAGUCUGAGUAUCUUGAGAUACACCACCAGGCUGUUUGUCCACACUCUGGCUACCCUGAUCGUCUCUGGACCGAGAAGAACUUAGUUGAUCUCAAGUCCGAGCCUAAAGUCAAUGCCUGCCAGAAAAUUUGCUCCCAGGGAGUAAGUGUGGUGCUACAUAUGCUGCAUAUAGGACCUGUUAUUCGUUACAUCUGCCUCCUCAAGUUCAGAUCGAAAGAGAAGGGAAAGAAACAAGAUGACGAGGAGCUGGAGGAGAAGAAGAUCAAGGACAUUCAGAAUUAUUUCUGUAAGUUAUGCUUGUUGGAACGAGCUGCUGACUACAGCCUACGCGACAUCACUCUUCUCCGACUGUUCGAGGCUCUUGAAGCGGCACCUCAGGUGUUACUUCAACUUUACCUGAUAUUCUACAUGCAAGUGUUCACCUACAACCUCCUAGCUCCAGCUAUUCUGGGUACACUGCAGGUGUCUUUCUGCCUCGCUCUCAGCAUCAAGUACCAGCGCAUGCCUCGCAGGGAGUCAUACGAUCAGACUACAGUGGGCCUGCUUUGUGUUACCCUAUACAAAGUGUUCCUGGUGAGUUACAGGAUGUUGUGUCUCGCAGUGUUCGCAUCUCUGUACCGAGGAUACCUCAUCCUCCUCCUCUUCACUCAUUCCCUUAUCAUGUUGCUAUGGAUACUCUACCUCGACAGUAGCUUCUCCAGCAGCAACCAUGAGGAAAUCGCAUUCAACUUCACAGUGGCAAUGUUGAAGGCGUUUACCUUCGUAAACGUGAGUCCUGGACGGUCACGAAACAGGGUGGUCCUUUACCACGUUUGUCUAAACGUGGAGAACGUUGUCAUAGGAACUGUUUGGUACUACAAGACAGUCCAUGAGAUUGAGUACGGGCUGAUAGCUAUAGUGAGUAUGGGAGCUCUGUAUUUGGUGGGCAUUCUUAUCAAGACUCUCUACUACACUUGCUGUCAUCCUACUAAACUGCAGAAACAAGGGCCUCUGAAGCAGGAGAUGAGCGUGCUGUACAAGAACAAGGGAGGCCCGGUGAUGAACAACCCGAUAAAGGAUAACUCUCAUCUUCUGAAACACGAUGAGAACAAUGACGUCAUUCACUUUCCUCCCAACAACACCAACACCGGGAGUACGUGGAUGUUAGGUUUUAUAGAACAGAACCCCGACUCAAUAGGAGGAGGAGGAAGUAGGAGGAUGCUGAUCACACCUCAGUCCUACAUGCACUCAGUUCGGUCCAGGUGUGGUUACGAUACUUAUCACAGUGUUCCUGGCAAAGACAGUUGCAGUGGAUACGAUUCUGAGGUUGCGAGCAUCAUGUCUUCUAAAACUCCGAUUUACGAGAACCUAGUUCCGUCCUCCAAGAACAGGAUGCACAACUCCAUCCCUCUCCAGCACCCCAUCUCCAGUCUCCAGCACCCUAUCUCCAGCAUGCAGCACCCUCUGGUUCACCACCCUAUCUCCUCCGUCCAACAUCCCAUCACGACCAUCCCCCACCAUAUGUCUGGUGUCCAGCACCCCAUAUCCAACAUCCAGCACCCCAUAUCUAGUUUACAUCAACACAGUAUCCUCCACCACAAUAACCCUAUACUGACCAACCCCAUGGUUUGGCAGCCACAACAGCUCAAUCCUCCAUCAGUGUUUUCAGGACGUAACAGUGCGGAUAGACAGUACAAUAAUAACGACAGUUUAUCAAGUAGUGGAGUGUACAGCGAGGAAGAGAGAAAACUCAACCUUAAAGCCAGGUUGGAGUCAGAGUAUGAUAAUCUAGAGGAGCCUAACUCAGACUCGACCCGCGCACCCCCAGAAGCCUCCCUCUCUCCAGACUCUGAUAACGGAGAUAUCUACGAGAACCUACCAACAGUUAUCAAGCAGGGUCAGCAGGUACACAGUGAUGGUCUCACCAUGCAGAGCAUCAAUAUUCAGGGACCCAAAGCUCGGUUUGACGGGAGUUUCGAUGGCUCCUCCGCGCCAAACCAAUCCUGGGAUAUGCUGCAGGGGAGUUUAAACUUUGCGUACGGUCCCCCAACCAGUCAGGAGAAGGAUCCAAAAGAGGACACUAGCGAUUACACAAGCCUCAAAGAGUUGGCUCCUGCCAAGCCGGUUCAUCCUGUGGUGCCUGCUCGCACAGUCAGCACAGUCAAGAACAGUGGCUCGCAGCACAGCCUCGCCAGUGCCUCACAGCUGACUGACGCUAACAGAUUCCAGACUGAUGUGUGAGACACUGGAAAAUAAGAGAUUAAACCACUGAACGGUUUGUUGUGAUAGAGAUGAAGGUUUGCGCCCUGAUGGAGUUGACGUCACGUGGCUGGUUACGUCAUAUUGACUUACAGACUGAGAGAGAGAGAGAGAGAGGAACUUGGAAGAGAUAAACGAAUUGUUGGCUUGCAUGGAGGUUUAUUGUUAAUAUUUUAAUUCAGAUUUAAUGGUUUGUAUUUGAAAGAAAAAGCUAUAUAUAAUAAUUAUUAUAGAAACUCCGAUAUAUUAAUACCUGACAUACCUAGUAGCAUGGUCUUUCAUAACAAACAUUUUAAAUUCGUAUUCUAGGGCUUUCAGAGUAAUAAAUUAUUUCUUAAGCAACCACCCUUUUUAAUGGUAAACAUUUUUAAUCGCUUUUGUUUUAUAUUACUGCUGUAAUACAACAUUGCGUUGGAAAUGUAGGCGACGCCAUAGGAAGAGCUGACUGGUUCACCAGACAAAGCCAGUAAUGUUUUGUCUGGCUCAGUAUCGGGACAAAAGAGUCAAAUUUCUCAUUAAAAUGGCACGCGCGAAAUUAUUUUCGUUGAAAAAAAUUGCACAUUUUCCUGCGCGCACACGCGUUUUUAUUUCCAAUUUCCUCACAUGCAUGCUUAAAUUUUGGGCUGAAGCUGGGUUUGUUCGAGCUUAACAAUGGAAUUUGAGCUUGUAAUUAGAUUAACGGUAACGCAGAGACCUCUGAAUCGAUAAGAGACUGGUACCUACAUUUCCAAUACCUCGCUUAUCAUCAAUCAGCUAUUUUUAUCCUACUAUACAUACCUACAAGUACCGAGACAUUACCGACAGUAUGAAAGAAACGGUUAAAAUGUGACCCUGGCAUGCCUCUACAUGUUCUAAAUGAUGCCUUAAUUACCUUCACGUUAUUUGUUUAAGCAAAGCAUUCGAUUGCACUGUGUAUUUGUUGUAUAAUGUACAUAAAAUUAUGGUAUUUAAAAUCUGAUCUUUGGUACAAGAUAUAGUUGAAAAAUGGCCAAUUCUUCAUCUGCAUUUGACGUAAAUGACUACUUCAAAAUCACCGAAUUGUUACUUGAGCAUUCGUUUUUUAUAAAAAUUUGAUGUUACGGUAGCUGGUUUGGCCGAGAGCUGUUUUCUAUCAUUAAUAAAUAUUUAUAUUUAUUUGUAGGAAA